AUAUAAUGAACAAUGAUAUGAAUGCUGAAUCGAGUGGUAGUAUCUCGUCGGGUAUAGUUGCCAGUGGUAUAGCUUACAGAGCGAUGGAACUGGAGUUGUCCGAUGAUGGCUCGUCGGUGGUGAGUGACGCUGAAGCGGAACAUCCUGCACAUGGUAAAAGACGCUCGUCGGCAGUGAAGCAACGAAAAGGUUCGGGGAAUAGUGCAUCGCAGCUGUCCCCUUCGUUGGGUGCAGGAAGUGCGUAUCACCACCCUCUUGGCUCACCUCUUUCGUCGUAUCCAGUCAGUAUCAGACAGCAACUCGCAAUCAUCAAACAGGUUGAAUUCAGAUCCAAUCAUAUGCUU